CCUCGUGAAUUUAUCAUUUACUUCACCUUUUCGAGAGCACAACUGGAGUACUUCGGGUGCAUAAUAUGGCAAAUAUUUGGUUACCUGCUUCAAAUACCUAUACUAAUGCAUAAGUUUUCGAUACCUAUAUUUAUACGUUUUAUAAUCCAUCCAAUUCGUAAAAAAUUUUCAUUUCGUUGCCAAACACGAGGCUAAGUAGCCUUCGAUUUUGCAUUUUCAACAAUAAUUAACUGAGAUAACAAAAAAAAGUAACUUACGCUGCCAAAUUUACUAAUUAAGAGAAUAACCGAGCUGACGAAUGAAUGAUUUACUUGAUUGAUUUCCUUAUCAAUUCUCAAUUCAUCAUUUCUCACGUUCUCACGCUAAACAUACGAGCACAUUAUUGAUGUGCGUUUUGUUCUUUGCUAAAGAAGUUCAAUUGCGCGUUAAUUUAAAUAUAACUACCCGCCUACUCAGUGGUGAAAAAUGUCGACGAAAUUUUCAUUUUUUGGUGUUUUAAUUUUGAUGAUGGGGGUUUACUCGGUUGUAGCUGAAGAAAUUGAGUUUUUACCGUGUUCACGUAACACGACUAUACUGCAGCAAUGUACUAUCAAUAAAGUGUAUGUAAAUCCUUGCCCCGAAGCUAGAGCAGCAGAACCUGAACCAUGUCAACUUCCGAAAGGAACUAAUUCUACUGUGGUCUUUGACUUCACACCGAAUUUCGAAUCCAAAUCGUUGUCUGCUCAAGCGUAUUCUGAAACCUUCCUGAUCGAUUUGCCUAUGCCUGGUCAGGAUACUAAUGCUUGCCAUUUUACCUCCUGUCCAACUGUACCAGGAAAAAAGCAAACGUUUGCUUAUACUCUUGAGAUCAAAGAUUACUAUCCAGAAGCUGAAUACACAUCAAAAUGGAAACUUUGGAACGAGAAUGAUGAAGUGUGCUGUUUCAAAACAAAAAUCAAAAUUGUUUCAGUGUAAUAUAUUUGCUAUGUAGAUUAUUUGAUCGGUAUACGUGAUCCCAAUGUAAUGUAAUGUAGCUAGUACCUACUAAAUACCUACUAGCACUACACCUAUAUCUACAUAUAAACUAUAGUGUAUGUACCUCUACCUACAGGGUGCGGCGUGGGAACGGAACGUGUUUUAAAUUGUAAUAACGCCAUCUAUAAAAAACGUAGGGAUGCAAUCUCGGAUCUCGUUGGGAAGAGGAAGAAUGCCGAAUUUUUUUGAUAUAUUCAUUUUAGUUGAAAGCUUUUCAGUCUUGAAUACAGAGAAUACAGAAUUUUAACGAAUAAUGUAAACAUUUUUUUGACGUACAUCACACUUCAGUGCGCUCUCUCUUGAAAGCCACUCAAUGUAUAAAUUUGGUGUGAAUGUACUGACUGAUAGCGCGAUUCUUCCUCUACAAAAUGAGCACCCAACGAAGUCGAUACGUUGAAAUGCGGCCGAUCUGCGGCUUUCUAAAGUUGAAAAAAACCGGUUUUCCUUUCUUUUUUUUCACUAGGGAUGGGUGACUUGCUCAAAACUUUCAAACUUUUAAAGCUCUCUGGAGGCCGAACGAAGCAUUCUAGGGAAAAAUGAGAUCAAAGAAAAUUGUAGAGAAUUAAAUUUCCAAUUGACAUAAUGUCAUUAGUUUUUUUCUAGGAGGCUUUGUUUUCGCUAUAUUUGCAAAAGAAAUUUAAAAUCAAAAAUUUUUUGUUCCUGAUUUUUAAUUUCUUUUGCAAAUAUAGCGAAAACAAAGCCUCCUAGAAAAAAACUAACGACAUUACGUCGAUUAGAAAUUUAAUCCUCUACAAUUUUCCUCGACCUCAUUUUUCCCUAGAAUGCUUCGUUCCGCCUCCAGAGAGCUUCAAAAGUUAAAUGCGCUACCCAAUUCUUGUGAAAAAAAGUAAAAAUCAGUUUUCCAAAAAAAGACAUGCUACUGAAAACACCCACUGCUCAACCAUCCACUCACCCAUGAUGGUUUGUAAAUAGGCCAAAAAAAUUCGGCUUUCUUCCUCUUUCCAACGAGACCCGAGAUUGCUUCCCUACGUUUCCAAUUGGUGGGGCGGUUACAGUUUGAAACACGUUCCGUUCCCGCGCCGCACCCUGUACUUGUACCUACCUAGACCUACCUACCUCCGUAAAUAUCACGGAUUAUGUACUUCGGCUAUGAUGUUGACAAUAAGUUCGGUUACCUAUAGUUUCCAUAUCAAUCAACUCAUCAAUAUCAGCAUCAGUAUUAUAGAUCAUUAAAUUUCACCUAUUGUACCAUGAAUUAUUAAGUACUCGUACGUAAGAAUAAAAUCUAAAAAAAGAGCUCAA